ACCUCCUGUGUAGUUGAUCUCCUUGCGUAGAGAAACAUGGCGGCGAUUGAGCGUAUGUGACCGAGGUUUGAGUAGCAAUUCCACCUCCGGGAGAGUCAGAAAUCCAUGCAAACAGCCGGAGUACGGAAGAUAGGACGUGCUUGCUCGCCCUGAUCGGACAGGCGCCCCGGGUGUCCCUCGUCAUCGCCGAGGAAGACGUCGCUAACACGGCGGACAGACGGAGCGGAUCGCCGCUUGCCCGAGUCUUAGGGAGCCCCGGGUACUCGGGCACGGGAGAGCCCGGGAGGACGGACGAUACUGGACGGGGAGGUCGGGGAGAGCCGGAGGGGGUGGGGGCGGAGGUGUCCGGGGUCCCCCCCAGAUCUGCAGCCGGAGGGGGUCGUGGCGCUGUAGCAGAGGCGCACGGUGACAGACCGGCCGGGGGGCACGGAGACUGACGCCCGGGCAGCACCCCGAGACGCAAGCUCGGGCGUUUUACAUCAAAAAUAAUGAUGAACAGGGAAAAUCCGAUCCGUGCUGAUUGAGGCACCCCCCACCCCCUUUUAACGCGCUGCGCCGCGACUGCAGCGGGGUCGCUUCGACGCGCCCCGGUCCGAGUUCCCUACUUUGUUGUGCACCGAGGUCCUGCCACCGCUUUUCAACUUUGCAGCGUUUUUAAACUUCGUUUUUUGUUUUUUUAGCCGAGUUCCUCCACCCAGACCAGGAAUAAGCUAGCAUCAUAUCGGGUUGUCCACACACACACACACCUGAAAAUACAGACGCGUGAAAGAGACGGGGAGGGGGGAACAAAAUAGGAACAGAACCGUUUCGAGAAGCUGUGAGGUCGGAGCUCGGCGGCUGUCUGGCCGCGUACGGCUUGUGGUUUGUCGUAGGUAGCGGUGCACUGGUGUCUUACAGUAUAUCUUGCGGGCAGAAGACGUCUUUCGGCGAGCCGGUGUCUGCGGGCUGCGCUCCGAGCAGAUCGGCCGCUUCCACGACCACUAUGUACCGCGUAGCGCUCUCCGGGGGUAGCCGUGUCAGAAAACCAAACUCCGCAUCCCUCCCUUUAAUGUGAGAAAACCAAAACAACCCUUACGUCGAUGGGGGUUAUCUUGAUGAAAUCGUACACAAAAAAAAACAGGGGUCUUGAAUGACACACAGGUGUGCAAUGUGUUGCUUUGAAAGCGUCUGCAAAGAUCGCAGUGAAUGUAUUGUGCGUAAACAAUGAAUACAGUGCCUUACUUUCACAGAUGCCCUCCUAAGAGGACUUUAAAUACCAGUAGGUGAUCACACGUCCUGCUGCAGGGAUUGCUGUUUUACUGUUACAUUAUGGACCCCUAAUCAGGUCUGAUAUCGAGAAGUCUUUUUUUUGUUGUUGUUGUUGUUGACAUAGUUCACAGAAAGGCGGACAGGACUGUGAUCGCGUGUCAGCCGCCCGGGGUUCAUAUCGUGUGUAAUAUCAGAGCCCACGGAACUUCAUUUUUAGUCAGAUCAUUUUUAUUUUAUCCACACUGAGAGAUUUAUGUUCUCGGCCGUGUGUUAGUCAUAAAAGCACACCCAGGCAGGCGACUCUGACCUCUUUAACGGCACACUGAAAGGCCUUUAUAUAAAUACGCUAUUCUGGAGAUGAUUAGUAGGCUAGACUUUUUAAAAGGGGGCUUUCGGUUUUUUUAAAGCGGCUUCAUCAUUGGCUGACCCGAGGACUUUCCUAGGAUCUACCUGCUGAAGUUUAAGCACUAAAAAAAAAGAGAGGGGGAACCUGGAUUCCAAUCCUUGGCCAAGCUGAAGCUAGCACACCAAAUGAGAUUAUGCAAUGAGAAUGACCCCGAUCCAUACCCUGAAAGGUAUUGAACUUGCCAAACUGGAUGCCCCGAAUGGUUCCUCGUAGCUGCUGCAGACGCUGCCCUGGCGGAAAUUUUUCCCCCUGAGGGAAACGGGAAAGCGCGCACACACGCUACGGUGCUGUAAAUGAUCGGUAAGGGGGAGGCGAACGGCGAAGGCGAGGAACAGAAGGCAGCCCCGCUCCCGUGUCCGAUUUCCCCGCCGCCCAAGUUCCGCCGGGGCCCGGGGGCGAUGCAGGAGUGAGCGUCCGGCGCUCCCCGCCCGCUCCGCUCGGUCUCUCCCCCCGUCCUCGGCCACAGGAAAGCGGACCCCGGCCGAGCCCGGCUGCUGAUCCGAGGAUCCGGACGGCGGAUCGUGCCUCCUUCCUGGCGGUGGCCUUGGCAUCGUUCCUUUAUGGGGCAGCAGCCGGGGAAAGUGCUCGGGGACCAGAGGAGACCAAGUCUGCCGGCUCUGCACUUCAUCAAGGGAGCGAGGAGGGAGCCGUCGCGCCGUGGAGGCCAGCACUGCAAUGUCUUCGUGGAGCACGAAGCUCUCCAGCGACCAGAUUUUGAGCCCCAGGGCCUGACGGAAGCUGCUCGUUGGAAUUCGAAAGAAAACCUCUUGGCAGGACCUAGUGAAAAUGACCCUAACCUGUUUGUUGCACUGUACGACUUUGUAGCAAGUGGGGACAACACCCUCAGCAUAACUAAAGGAGAGAAGCUCCGGGUUCUGGGCUACAACCACAAUGGGGAAUGGUGUGAGGCGCAGACCAAGAAUGGGCAAGGCUGGGUGCCCAGCAACUACAUCACGCCGGUCAACAGCCUGGAGAAGCACUCCUGGUACCACGGCCCCGUGUCGCGCAACGCCGCCGAGUACCUGCUCAGCAGCGGCAUCAACGGCAGCUUCCUGGUGCGGGAGAGCGAGAGCAGCCCGGGCCAGCGGUCCAUCUCGCUGCGCUACGAGGGCCGGGUCUACCACUACCGCAUCAACACCGCCUCCGACGGCAAGCUCUACGUGUCCUCCGAGAGCCGCUUCAACACGCUGGCCGAGCUGGUGCACCACCACUCCACGGUGGCGGACGGCCUGAUCACCACGCUGCACUACCCCGCGCCCAAGCGCAACAAGCCCACCGUCUACGGGGUGUCGCCCAACUACGACAAGUGGGAGAUGGAGCGCACCGACAUCACCAUGAAGCACAAGCUGGGCGGAGGGCAGUACGGCGAGGUCUACGAGGGAGUCUGGAAGAAGUACAGCCUCACCGUGGCCGUCAAGACCCUCAAGGAGGACACGAUGGAAGUUGAGGAAUUUCUGAAAGAGGCUGCCGUGAUGAAAGAGAUAAAGCACCCUAAUCUUGUGCAGCUACUCGGCGUGUGCACCAGGGAGCCUCCCUUCUACAUCAUCACGGAGUUCAUGACGCACGGGAAUCUGCUGGACUACCUGCGGGAGUGCAACCGCGCGGAGGUGAACGCCGUGGUGCUGCUCUACAUGGCCACGCAGAUCUCCUCCGCCAUGGAGUACCUGGAGAAGAAGAACUUCAUCCACAGGGACCUUGCUGCCAGGAACUGCCUGGUUGGGGAAAACCACUUAGUGAAGGUGGCUGACUUCGGGCUGAGCCGGCUGAUGACGGGGGACACCUACACAGCCCAUGCGGGGGCCAAGUUUCCCAUCAAGUGGACUGCACCAGAGAGUCUGGCUUACAACAAGUUCUCCAUCAAGUCUGACGUGUGGGCGUUCGGGGUGCUGCUGUGGGAGAUCGCCACCUACGGCAUGUCCCCUUACCCUGGUAUCGACCUGUCCCAGGUGUACGAGCUGCUGGAGAAGGACUACCGCAUGGACCGCCCAGAGGGUUGUCCGGAGAAGGUCUAUGAGCUCAUGAGGGCCUGCUGGAAGUGGAACCCAGCGGAGAGACCGUCCUUCGCGGAAAUCCACCAGGCUUUCGAAACCAUGUUCCAGGAAUCCAGCAUCUCAGACGAGGUGGAGAAGGAGCUGGGAAAGAAGGGGAGGAAAGUGGCAGUGCCCCCCUCCCUCCUGCAGGCCCCCGAGCUACCCACUAAGACCAGGACCCUGCGCAGGAACAUGGACAACAAGGACGGGGACAGCCCAGGUAAAACCACCGCACGGCCUUCACCUGUCAGCCGGCGGUGUCGAUUCAUGCAGGUGAUCAUCGCCGAACACACCAGGUGAACACACCUGGCCUCUCGGCCGAUGGAAACAUGGCAACAGGCUGCACUCGCUAAAAUGACAGAGCGCAGCCGGAUCCCGACAGAAAUCGGAUCGCUCGGAUAUGUGCUGAAGGACUGGUCUAAAACCACAGUCAAAGUUGGCGUGUUACUGCAUUUCAAGUGCGGGUGUGAAGGGAUCGUGGGAGUUGGGCCUUCACUUAAAAUUUCGGCGCUCGUCACAAAAGAAAUGUCCUUCGCCCGAUGCCAGCAGACUCCUGACCGGCUAAGCUGCUGGGUUCUAAGGAUGUUGAAAAGGUUCUGAGACCAAGGCGUCUGGAAUGUUUCUAGAACGGUUGGUUUAUGUAGUGGGAUUGAGACAGAAACGGUUUCCUCAGGUGCGC